UUGAACGACAUGACGCCAUUGCUCGGUCGCUCCCCAAUUUCUAGUUUUCGAUCGAUAAUCCCUUACGUCUUACGAAAAUAAGAGAAUUCCAAUUGUGGUUUUCAAGAAAAACAAUGGAGGAGCUGCAUUCGUGUAGCUGCUGCCUUGUACGGCCGCCUGAGAAAGGGCUCAAGACCUUGUACAGACAUCUCGGCAAAUCAGAGGUAUAUUACGAUAUGCUAAAAGACUGCUUCGAUAUUAAUCUGGGCAUGGGAAAUGAUGAGUGUGGGAUCUGUGAAGUGUGCGUGGUGCGACUGCGGGAUGCAAAUGACUUCAAGAAACAAGUGGAGCGCAGCCAGGCCGAGCUGCGCGCACGGCUCAAGGGAGUGCUCACCACCAGUAAUAAGAUGAAAAUUAAGUUCGAGAGAGCUGCUGGGGAAGAAACCGCCAUUCCCGAUAUCAAGCUGGAGCGGUCUGAGGUAGAAAUGGCUGACGGCGAAGUAGUGUCAGUGGCAAUAUUCGGCGGCCCAACAGCCCCUUCAGCGCAGCCCGUUCCCGCCGAGUCCAACGCCGUGACCUUCACGCUGGAACCAACCUUAACUGACCUCGACGACUCCAAAUCAGCUCCUACCGAGGGUGGCAAAAUCUACGAGUGCGACAUAUGCCGCAGGCGGUUCCACAACCCCUGCGCCAAGAGGAAGCUCAUGAUCCAUCGCCGCUCGCACACAGGAGAAAGACCUUAUACCUGCGAUGUUUGCGACAAAAAAUUUGUACAAAAAAGCCACUUAAACACUCAUUAUGCCCAACACAUGGGAAAGUUCAAAUUCUCCUGCGAGUUCUGUGACAUGCGAUUCACACAACGAAGCCCUUAUCUCGUUCACAUGCGGAUACACACAGGUGAAAGACCAUACUCUUGUGAAAUAUGCAGCAAAACGUUCAGACUUAAGUGCAACUUAAAUGUUCAUCAAAAAAGUCAUUUCAAAUAUGAUCCUAAUAGCGUAGAGCCGGGUGAAAUAACAGAAUGCAAAAGGGAGUCUUCAGAUGAAUAUAAAAAUCAACCCACAGAUCAAAUCAAUUUCAUAUGUAAUAUAUGCAAGAAGCAAUUUUCUGAAGAACACUUCUUAAACACUCAUAUGAAACAUCACACUGGAGAUUAUGCGUUCACGUGUGAAGUUUGCGAUAAAAAAUUCAAGACGCAGUCCUCAUUAGAUAGUCACAAGUUCGAUCAUAAAGGGGGAAAACCUUUCAAAUGUAAAGAAUGUGGUAAAGAAUUUGUAGCAAGGAGUGCGUUCGGUCUUCAUUUAAGAAUUCACACCGGGGACUUUCAGUACCCGUGCGAAGUGUGUGAUAAACAGUUCAUACAAAAAGCAGGCUUAGUUCAGCACAUGCGUGUACAUACCGGUGAGAAACCUUACACCUGUGAAAUAUGCCAGAAGAAGUUCCCGUACAGAUGUAGUUAUAAGAAACAUUUAUUAGUGAAACACAACAAAGUUAUGGCCAGAAAGUUUUCGUGCAAUAUUUGUGGGAAACAAUUUGUGCUGCAGGGGACGUUAGCUAAACAUAUGGAAAGGCACGAUGAGAAGAAAGGUAUCGUUUCAGAAGACGGCACAGAAUGCAAAACAGAGUUUUCAGAAGGUUUCAAAAGAAGAACGUAUGACUGCGAUACAUGUAAUAAACAAUUCAAAAGCAAAGAUUAUUUGAUUGAACAUUUGCGAACACACACCGGAGAAAAGCCUUUUACCUGUGAAAUAUGUCAAAGGAAGUUCAGAUUUAAAGGUAGCAUUAAAAAACAUUUGUUUGAAAAACACAACAUUGCUGACAAACCGUUUUGUUGUGAUAUUUGUGGCCAACUAUUUGCUUUGCGAGGGCCUUUAACUAGACAUAUUAAGAAACACCUUCAGAAAGAUAACAAAGAAGAUAAAACUCAAAAGGAAGAGCGAAAGGACUUUAUGUGUGAAAUUUGUAGUAAACGGUUUUCAACUAAAGGUAUCUUGAAAAAUCAUAGAAUAACACACUCUGAGGAAAGGCCGUUCGAAUGUGAAAUUUGUCACAAGACAUUCCGUAAAAAGAGACAUUUGCAGGAUCACAAGAUGGUGCACGAGGACUUUAAGCAACACUCUUGUGAAGUGUGUGGACAGCAAUUUAGACACAAAUCUGGUUUAACAGUUCAUAUCCAAAGACUUCAUACAGAAACAAAGCCACAUGCAUGCGAUGUAUGUAAAAGACCGUUUUCAGUCCUCGCUGAAUUGAAAACGCAUUAUCGCGUACACACUGGAGAAAGACCAUAUGCUUGCGAAAUAUGCUAUAAGAAGUUUCCGCGGCACGACGCGAUUAAAAGACAUCUUAUUAGAGUUCACCAUGAGAAGCCUACCAAGUUCAUUAAAUUAAAGGAAUUUAAUAAUCCUUAUUGAACUCAUAGAAUAAUGAAGUUACUUAUAAAGAAACUUUUGAUGUUAACUUGUCUUUAUAGAAAAUCACAGUAAGUCUAAAUGAGCAAUUCUUGUUUAUAUUUCGGGAACCUUAGAAACAGCUGUAACGGUUUCGAUGUAUUUAGUUUUGAAAAUCCCAUUUUUAUUUCUCUGGGAACGCUCCUUGAAAUUUUAUAUUUUUCCGGACAGUGCUUGGCCUCUAAAUUAACUUUAAAUAUUAAAACUAAUCCAUACAUCAAAUUAACGGAAAUCAUAUAGUUUUUUUUCCUAUAUGAUUUCUCUUACCUCUAUCAGCAUAAACUAUAACUUACCUUACUUCUGUACGAUUAUCUUACCUACUUUAAUUUUCUUCUCAUCUAAGGUUAGCUGGAAAAGAUCCCUUAAAACUAUGUUCGCCUUUGUAUAGUGAGUGACUACUACAUAUUACUACCCUACGUGUUUUGGUAUCCUUGCUAAGCAGUUAGUAUAUACUCCUAAAUCUCAUAAUAUAUAAAUAAUUUUAUAUAUACGUAUGGUAAGAGAA